AUGGCAGGAUAUCUGGGGUAUUUCAAAACAUAUAGGCAGGUACGUGAGCGCUUUACAUGGAAAGGGCUCAAGUUGGAUGUUCUUAGAUAUGUUAGAGAGUGCCCUGUUUGCCAGCAGAAUAAACAGGAGCACACUUACCCUGCAGGACUACUCCAGCCACUUCCUAUUCCUAACAGGAAGUGGCAAUGCUUAUAUGUGGAUUUCAUCACGGGCUUGCUGAAAGCCCAAGGGAGGGAUUGGCAGCAGAAGGCUUGGGUGAAGUGGAUUUAUCUCUAUGAGUAUUGUUAUAAUACCACUCACCACAUAUCUAUUCAGAUGACAUCGUUUUUGGCUUUGUAUGGGUAUGAGGUGCCCAGUUUUCUAGAUUUACUACUGAGUGAUAGUAGAGUGCCUAGUGCUGGUGAUUUGUUGCAGAAGAGCCAGGACAUUUUAAAGACUCUCAAGGAGAAUAUUGCUAAGGCACAAAAUCAGCAGAAGCAGUAUGCAGACCAGAAGAGGACUAAACAUUCAUUUGAGGUAGGAGAUAUGGUGUAUCUGAUGCUACAGCUCUAUUGUUAG